AUGUCACAAUCAGUGUGUGCACUUGAAAAUCCUCUUGAAUCUUCCUUGCUUGACAAGUAUUUGGGAUGUAUUCUCGGAAUGGCUGUUGGUGAUGCCUAUGGUACCACCUUCGAAUUUAUUCCUAGACAUGGAAUUUCCGAUCAUGAUUUGACUGAUGAACUUGUCGGUGGUGGAAAAUUUCGAUUAAUGAAAGGCAUGUUCACCGAUGACACUUCGAUGGCUCUUUUACAAGCCGAAUGUUUAUUAUCGAGAAGAAAAGAAGAAGAAACAAACACGAAUGAUGAUCAUUCCCAUGAGAUCACUACCUCAUCAAAAGAAACAUCAAGUACUGUUCCAUCUCUUUUUGAACAAGAACUCGAAAACUUUCCAAUCGAAUUUCAAUUGAACACGAUGAAGGACGAGGAACAAAAUGGUUCCAAAAUUUCAAAAUGGAUCGAAUUCUUGAUUCAUGGUGAACCACGUCACACUCUACUGGAUGGACGACAGAUUCAAAACAAAUUUUUAGAGUGGUACCAUGAGGGACAUUUGAGUGCAAGUGGAGAUUGUUUUGAUAUUGGAAAAACAAUUUUGGUCCACUUGUUGAAAAAUGAAAAAACACAAGCAGCGUUUUGUCCUGUUGAGAGUUGGAAUGAUCAGGCGAGUGGAAAUGGAGCAUUGAUGCGACUGGCUCCUGUUCCAUUGUAUUAUUAUCGCUUGUGUGAAAAAGCACUUUUGAGAGAAGAUGACAAGAAUUCAAAACAAGUAUUAAGGGAAAAGUUUCUUCAUAGAGUCAUCACAGAGAGUGGAAUUUCUGCAUUCACAACUCAUCCUUCUCAAUUGGCUUUUGAUUGUAAUAGAUAUAUGGCUGCCUUAAUGAUAGGAUGCAUGCAAGGUGUCACUAAAGAAGAAUUAUUUAAAAAUUCUUACCAACACGAAGAAGAAGCAUGUGAUUCCUAUUUAUUUGUACCUCAUGGAUUGCCUCGUAAUUAUUGGCAACAAUUUCCAUUAAGAAAAGAAGUGCGAGAAAUGAUUCAAAAUUUCAAAUCCAAGAGCGCGGAUGAAAUUUCCAAUUCAGGCUAUGCGGUGACUGCUUUUGAAGCUGCAUUAUGGUCAUUCGCAUCCACGGACACCUAUUUUGAGGGUUUGAAAAAAAUCGUUCGUCUUGGAGAUGAUGCUGACACUGUGGCAUGUAUUUAUGGACAAUUGGCAGGUUGUUUCUAUGGUGUGAAGGGAAUUCCUGAACCUCUCAUUUCACAACUUGUUUUGAAAGAUUUAUUGAAAAUAAUUGCAACAGAGCUCUAUUACAGUGGAGGUGCUGACAUUGCUGUUAAGAACGAUCAUAAGGAGGAAAUGAAUUCACAUGUCAUUUACAAAAAUGUCAUGUCCUUGUAUUACAAUUUGGAGAAUUCAUACAAGGGCAUUCAUAGACGAUCCAAUCCAUGUCCAAAGCAGUUCAAGACCAUUGAGGAAUUUGAUUUGGCUGUUUCUCAAAUGAUACAAGAAUUUGAAAAGCAUCAACAAGAAAUUCUUCAAAAUUUGGAAAAGACUGACGAAAGACUCAAGUGCCAACCAUUGAAGGAUUCUAUUCUUUCCAUUUCAAAUUCAAUUUUACAAGAUUUCAAAACUAGAUGUGAUUGUUUCACAAAACCUCCUCUUCUCGAUCGAUUGAAUCGAUUUUCAGGACCUCCUUCCAGACCAUUCAUUAAAUGA